GAAGUAAUUAACAAUAUUAAUAACGCACCCAAACCUUGUAUAUAUCGCGAGACAGUGAGAUCAUAUAAUAUGUUUCCUAUAAGUAUAAUUAAUAUGUUGUAACAGAGACACACAUGGUUGUUAUAAACAAAAAAAAAAAAAAGAGAGAGAGACACACACACAUGGUGAUGGAGGCAAAAAUGAAGAAGGAAGUGGAACUUUGUUCAAGUGAAGUGGAAAUGGCUUCUGAACACACUCCACAACCACAAAGGAAAAAGGGUGGUAUUGUUACCAUGCCUUUCAUCAUAGCAAAUGAAGCACUUGCAAGGGUGGCAACAAUUGGCCUUCUGCCAAACAUGAUACUGUAUUUGAUGGGGAGUUACAAGUUUCAUUUGGCCAAAGCAACACAAGUGCUUCUGUUAUCCUCCGCAACAAGCAAUCUAACACCACUCAUCGGUGCCUUCAUUGCUGAUUCCUGUCUCGGUCGAUUCCUCGCUGUUGGAUUGGGUUCCACCAUCACUUUCCUGGGAAUGGCACUCUUGUGGCUAACAGCUAUGUUCCCUCAGGCUAGGCCUCCUCCUUGCAACCCUUUAACCGAAAGAUGUAAACAAGCAACAUCUGGGCAAAUGACAAUGUUAAUCUCUUCCUUUGCUCUCAUGUCCAUCGGAAAUGGUGGCCUUUCAUGCUCCAUCGCAUUUGGUGCAGACCAGGUGAGCAGAAAAGAUAACCCCAACAAUCAAAGGGCCUUGGAAAUAUUCUUCAGCUGGUACUAUGCUUCUACAGCUGUUUCUGUCAUAAUUGCCCUCACAGUAAUAGUAUACAUCCAAGAUAAUCUUGGAUGGAAAGUGGGUUUUGGAGUUCCAGCAGCACUUAUGUUCUUGUCCAUUAUCUCCUUCUUUCUUGCUUCUCCACUUUAUGUAAAGAAUAAAGUACAAGGCAGCUUGAUCACUGGCUUUGCGCGAGUAAUAGUUGCGGCCUACAAGAACAGGAAACUUCCUUUACCACCAAGGAACUCAGUUGGAAUGUACCAUCGCAACAAGGACUCUGAUUUUGUUGUGCCAACUCAUAAACUAAGGUUUCUGAAUAAAGCUUGCAUCAUUAAAGAUCAAGAAAAAGAUGUAGCCUCUGAUGGAUCAGCCUCAAAUCCGUGGAGUUUGUGCACAAUAGAUCAAGUGGAAGAACUAAAAGCUGUUAUUAAAGUUAUUCCCUUGUGGUCUACGGGGAUCAUGGUGUCACUUAACAUUGGAGGCUCGUUUGGAAUACUGCAAGCUAAAUCCCUCAACAGACAUAUCACUCCACACUUUGAAUUUCCAGCGGGUUCUUUUGCCGUAGUCUUGGUACUUACAAUAUUUAUAUGGGUAGCUCUUUAUGAUCGUGUGAUUAUUCCUCUAGCAUCAAAACUAAGAGGCAAACCGGUUAGGAUCAGUGCCAAGACAAGAAUGGGAAUUGGGUUGGUUUUCUCUUUUCUCCACUUGGUAACUGCAGCAAUUGUUGAGGCUACAAGGCGAAGGAGAGCAAUUAGUGAGGGGCAUAUUGAUGACGGACAUGCAGUGUUGAAUAUGUCUGCAAUGUGGCUUGUUCCUCAACUUUGUUUGAAUGGCAUGGCUGAAGCAUUCAAUGCAAUUGGCCAAAAUGAGUUCUAUUACACUGAGUUUCCUAGAACUAUGUCAGGUAUCGCUUCUUCUCUUUUUGGACUUGGAAUGGCUGCAGGAAAUGUGUUAUCUAGUUUGGUAUUCAGCAUUGUGGAAAAGGUUACUUCAAGAGGAGGAAACGAAGGAUGGGUUUUAGAUAACAUUAACAAGGGUCGUUAUGACAAGUACUACUGGGUUCUUUCUGGUAUGAGUGCUCUUAAUAUACUGUAUUAUCUAGUAUGCAGUUGGGCUUAUGGACCCACAGUUGAUCAACUAGCUAAGGUGUCUCAUGAAAAUAGUUCAAACGAGAAAAAAUUAACUCAAUUGGGCAAUAUGAGCCAGCCUGACAAGGCAUCCCUUGUUAGUGAAGAAAUUGGCUCAAAUGAUAAAAGAGUUAACUAGAUUUUGCAAUGAAUGGGGAUCCUGUUGAAAAGGUAUUCAAGAUUAGUGAAAACAAUGACUCAAAGGAGGAAGAGAUGGCUGAAUUAUAGGUUUGCGAUGAAAAGGAAAAUGAUGGAUCCAUGCAGGAAGACCCGAUGAUGGCCUAGUUGAGAUGUUGAACUUUGUAGGGACAUACACUACUUGGAUAACCAUAUUUACAGUUUCAA